UGAAAUAAGUUGCUUCCAAUGUAAGAAAGUGAGUUUCCAGCAAACCAGGUCCAAUUCUCAAGGUCAGAUCUUAAUGAAAACGAAAAGAAAGAAAAGAAAGGAAGUAGUGAGGGUGACCAUUUUAAUUCAUGAAAGUUUUCUAUUUUCUUGAAAGCUAAAGUUCAUAUAAAAGAUGUGCAGAGCUUUACUUCAACAAGUUCCAGCUUUACAGGUUUCAACCAAGGUUGCAAAACCCAUAUUUGGGUCUCCAUUAAAUUAUGAUUGCAUCAAUCCUUUAAUUGGAGAAAAGGGUCUGCAUUUGCUAGUUAUGAAAGCUUUGUUGGACUUUUCAGAGAAGAAAAGAAGAAGAUACUAAUUUCUCAACUUCUAAGUUAUGGAUGACGAGGAAAUCCAAGCUUCAGGCGCAAAGAUUUCUGAAGAGAAUUUAUGUCCAAUGUACUUUGGUAUUUCGUGUGCAUUUGUCGCUCUUGAACUCCUUUCACGGUCUAACAUGAAUGGCGUCGAUACUGAAUUCGGUGGAAUACGGGAUAGGAUGCUGCAAGGCAGCACCCACCUGUUAGGUUUACUUGUAUGGAGAAUUCAGAAAAGGGAAGCCAUUGAAGAAAGGUCUGAGCUUCUUCACAAGCUCGAAAAAGCUGAAACUGAAGUUGCCGAGUUGAAGAAAAGGAGAAGUGAAGACUCCAAGGCAAAUGAGAAAGUUGUAGGUAUCUUUGCCUCCCAAGAACAGAGUUGGUUAAAUGAGAGAAGAAAGCUCCGAAUGCAAAUUGGAGCUCUUUUGAACAAACUACGGGUUUCUGGGACAAAAAACGAAGAAGCUAUUUUACAAUUGAAUUCAAAAAUAAAGGACAAGGAACUUCUGUUGGAGUCCAGAAAUAAAUUUUUGGAACAAGAAGAGCAGGGUAAGAGAAAGGAACUAGAAUUAAAGCUAGAUAGGGCCAACAAUAUGCUAAAGGAAGUGAGAGAUACUGCAUAUAAAGAAACUACAGAGCAGAGUACUCAGCUUUGGAAGCACAAAACUGCUCUCAUGGAGCUUGUAUCGAAUCAGAGACAGCUUGAAGCUGAAAUGGGCCGAGCACUUCGGCAGCUUGAAGCUUCGAAAGAAGAGCUAGACUCAGUUUUGAAACAAAAAGAAGAGUCAGUUUUUAUGGUUCAAAAGCUAUCUAUGGAAGUUAGAAAGAUGCGCAAGGACUCGGAACAAAAAGAUAAAAUACUAUCUGCAAUGUUAAGGAAAUCUAAAAUUGAUUCAGCAGAGAAAGAAAUAUUGUUGAAGGAGUUGAAGGUUUCCAAGGCAAGGAGGAAACAAGCAGAGCUGGAAACAGAGAGAUGGAGACCACUUUACAGGUCUAGACAUGGCAGAUCUGCAAGAGCGGAUCCAGACUAUCAAAUGCGUUCAAUGAUAGAAGGUUCAUCAUGUGUUAAAGAGGUUCACACCAUUGAGCCAACUAGUUCUCAUAACCAAAAAAGCCGGUCGCAUAUCACUAACAACAGGGUGCACCCUGGUGAUUCUGAAAGAGAGGAUGGAAUGGAUCAAAAAGAACAACGGGUAAUGAAAUUUCCACCUCCAACAGUUGCAGACGACACUCACUGGAAGAAAAUGGUGAACUUGCAAUUGGAAGGUUGGGUUGAGCCCGAAACAGAAAGGAAGACCGACAUAAUUGAGGAGAGGCAUCGUUUAGAAAUAGAUGCAUUUGUUCAACAAUUGAGGCUGAAAGAUGAAAAAUUGGAAGCUUUCAACUGGAGGUUUCUAAGUGUGGAACUAGAAUCAAGGCGAUUGCAGUCCCACAUUGAAGGGCUAGGCCAAGACCUAUCACAUCUGAAGGAGGAAAACCUUAAAUUGGAAGCCUCGUCAAUGGAGCAGCAAUCAGUAGUAAUAUCUCUAAAGGAUAAGAUGGCUAGUUUGCACUUACACCAUCUGCAAUAUCAAAAGAUGAAUUCGAAGUCUUCACCAAAGACUCCUGAUCCUAGUCAUGAAUAUGCUUGGUCCAAUGCUAAGGUUAUUCGAGAGAGAGAAAGAGAGGAAGAACUAAAGCCACUAUUGGUCAGAAUUCCUACAGUGAUGGAGAGUAAGAAAGAGGACGAAACCCCUCUUGAAAACAAGUCGCAAGGUACGAUCCCAGAAGUCAUGGAAUCUCAUGAAGAAGUAAAGAAAGAGGUUGAAAUGGACCCAGGUCAUGGUGUGCAGGAAUAUGCAGCAUGUCCAGUGGUGGUAAAGGUGAUUGAUAAGCUAGCAUCAGGUGAACUUUCUCUGCAUGAGAAAGAAAACCAUCCAUGGAAAAUGGAUCUCCAUUCUUUGGGAGUGUUUUACAAGAUUAAGAGGCUCAACCAGCAACUUUUCAUGCUUGAUAAGUUGGCAGGAACACACACAAGUAAAGAAAAGAGAGCAAAUUGCGAUAAUGAAUGUCAACAGCUGAAGACGGUUUUGUUAUAUGUAAUGCCCUUGCUCAAUAAACAAGUCAGCAGGUACCAGACCCUCCAAGAGAGCACAAAUAAUCUUUGCCAAAGGAUGUAUGAUAAUAAUGCAGAUUCGAGCAACAGAGAUGCAAACAUUGUCAAGACGAAGAAAGAAAUAAGAAAACUGGAGAACUUUCUCGAAGAAAUGUUCCACCUACAAAGAUACAUGGUAGCAACAGAACAAAAAUUGAUAGAGAUACAAUCAAGAAUGGCUUCUGAAUUGGCCUCUUGUAGCGCUCAAGAUAGUGAAAUACAUACAGGAUUCAACAUGAAACGAUUUGCCAACAGCAUUAGUACCCUUUUCAGGGAAGUGCAAAAAGGUCUAGAAGCUCUAAUUUCUCAAAUGAUAGGAGAACUCGAAGGGACUCUAACUUGCGAUGGAUUUAUUCAUCUGGGAUAGUAGUCCUCUGUUAGACAUCAUUCGUAAUAAUUGCAGUUAAUAAUAGUUGCCGGUUCAAUACUACUUUUUCGAUGGCAAUUAUGCCGUGAUUAGUGCAAGUAGAUCUACUGUUUUGAGUUUGUAAAAAUGUUUAGCUGCAUUGCUCACCAUGUGAUAAGAACUAUAUUGUGUCAUUCUCGAGAACAACGCUUGAGUUCUUGUACUUGUGUAUAGAAAUACAAACAAGUGUUUGAAUUAUCAUAAUACUAAAUUUUUACAGUA